AUGGAAGACGUGGCAGAUGUAAACAUUGCCCGGGUACGAGACAAUUUAGCAAACUGGGAAGAUGACAGGACUCCAUUGGCGCCACUGACUCCUCAGGAGCGUGACUCCAUAAUAGAACUAACUUCUGUGUCGGGGUGGAGAGCACUGCCCCCCGGGAUACCUGAUGAAAGCGCUGGAGAUGAAGUGGACACUGCCGGGGGCAGCCACAACUCAGCAGAGUCUCAUCUUCCGCACUCUCUCUCUCGCUUGAAACUUGGAGAAGUUAAGAUAGAGUCAAGUCAACAAUUCCUGUCUUGGUUCGCUGAGGUGGAGAGAGAUAUGUGUGAAGAGCAAGAUGGACCUUACCGAGACUAUGUAAAUCAGUUAGAAGCCCAUCGUUCUGAAUGUCACACACUCCUUUCGCAGCUUGAUCAUGCCCUUGAUAACCUUCAGCAUCUUUCAUCCCAGUAUACAAGUGUGUCCAAUAAGACAGGUGCCCUCCACACUGAUUGUGAGCACUUGUUGGCAGAGCAGACACAACUCACCAACAAAGCUGACACCAUUGAAAGUAAACUGACUUACUUUAAGGAGGUAGAUAGAAUCAGCCAGAAGCUCAACUCUCCAGCUUUUCAAGUAACAAGUGAAGGAUUUAUCCCAUUGUUAGCCAAAAUUGAUGAAUGUAUUGGUUAUAUGAAUUCAAACCAAACAUUUCAAGAAUCUUCUCUAUAUUUAGCAAAGUAUAAGCAUUGUUUGAGUAGGGCUCUUGGUAUGGUAAAGUCGUAUGUUACAAAAUCUUUAGAAAAUGCUACCCAGCAAGUUUUAAGUAAACCUGGAAUAGAAAAACCUACAACUGAUAAUGCUGCUGUUCUUUAUUAUGGAAAAUUUCGGACUAAUGCCCCUAGGAUCAAGUCGCUAAUGGCAGAAAUUGAAGACAGAGUUGAAAAUAGCCCUGAGUACACAAAUCUUCUUAGUGACUGCCACCAGUGUUACUUUGCUCAGCGACAAAGACUAAUGGGACCUUGUGUUGCUGAUGCAGUUUCUCAGUUAUCACAGAAAUAUGAACGAGAUUAUUGCACGUUAGUGAGAAGCGGAUGUGCCUUUCUCAUCCAUGUGUGUGAAGAUGAACAUGCACUUUUCCAUCAGUUCUUUACAGCUGGGACUCCUGACUUGGAUGUGUUCCUUCAAGGACUUUGCACAGGGCUGUAUGAUGUCUUACGACCUAUCAUCAUCCAUGUUGAUCAUUUGGUGACGCUGUCAGAGGCUCUGCACAUCUUAGGGAAGUGGUCAGACUUACACGGCAUGUGGUCAACAGUCAGACGUACCCUCAUGUGUUUGUUUAUACUCUAUCGAUGUGUUGAUAGAAGUAUUUUUCAGGGGGUGUCACUGGAUGCAUUAGCAGCAUGCAUGCAAAGCCUUAGUCUGGCCUCCACAACCAUCAGUAAAAGGUCAUCACCUUUAGAUGCACAACUGUUUGAGAUAAAACAUCUCCUCAUCCUUCGAGAACAAAUGGCACCGUUUCAGGUUGAUGCAUGCUUACACGAGACAAGUUUGGACUGGAGUAAAGUUCGUAGUGCAGCACUUGGAUUGGUACAGAAGAGAGGCCGACUUUUCUCAUUGUCCUCGAACAAUGCUCUUUUGGAGUUCAUUGUAGAAGGCACUCCACAGGUGACAGAGCAGAGGCUGGAUUCAAAGAGAGAUCUAGACAAUAGAUUGAAAAAGUUGUGUGAAUUGCUGAUCUUCACAUGCACUGAAGCACUGUCUAGUCCACUAACUCUGUUUCUAACAAAGACAGAAGUUAUACUGAAGAUGAACCAAGAAGAAAAUGUUAAACCUAUUAUCCUCAAGAAUCAGCCAUUUGCUUUACCUGAAAAGGUUGCAGAUAUAAUAAGCUGCUGCCAGAAGAAUAUUCGAACUCAUCUUCCCAACAUUCAGCGCAGUAUGCAGCUUUAUUUGGCCAAUCGUGAUACUGAAUUUAUUCUUUUUAAGCCUGUUUCAGAUGAAGAUGAUGAUGAUGAUGUGGAAUUAAAGUCAGGCAACGAUUUCCGUGACAUAAGGACUAAAGUAUCAUCUCUUCGGAUGGAUGCAAUUCUGAAGGCAGGGCUUGGAAUUUCUCGAAAUAAAGUACAAGAGGCAUUUUAUGGCAGCAAACUUCGUAUCAAUGGACAGAGAAUGUUAAAGAAGGGUCAACAGCUACAUGAAGGAGAUGAAAUAGAUGUAAUUAAGGCACCAUGUGACCUAAAUCCAAAUUUGUUGAACAUUUCUCGUGUUGUCAUUUUAAAGGUAGGGAAGUAUGACGAAGAUUCCGAUAAGGUAAUGGUUAUACUUCGUAAAUAUUCACAGCUAUUAGUUGAAAUGUAUCACGAUUAUAAAACUGGAGAUGAUUAAGUAUGAGUUCCUUUGACAUUUUUGCAGUUAUUAAUACCUCCCGUUUGGUUUUUGUUUCCCAAGACUACUAAAAAAAUUAUACUGGUAUAUUUUAUAUAAUCUUACUUAGUACUGGAGGCUCAGAAUAUGGAAAAGUCAAUCUCCAUCAUGAAAUAGAGUUUGUUGUAUAUUUACAGCAACAUUGCAAGUUGUAUAAAGAUUCUGAAUUACUGUAUAGGUAUUAUUAUUUUAUAAAACAUUGUAUAUGCAUUAUAAUAAACACUUGUUACUGCA